UAAUGGGUAUGGGAAUUCUUCAAAACAACUUCUGGGUAUAUAUAAUUAUUGAGUAGUGAGAAACUUUAAUGCUGAAAAAAUUUAUACUACUAAUUUUAUAAGAAAUUAUAAAUUUUAUAAAUUUUGGUUUGUUUUUUCCCACUUUAUACAAUUAAUAUUGUUAUAUUGAUUAGAGUUUGAAAUCUGGGUUCUAUUUCACAAAAUCUCAACCAAAUUUUCAGAAACCUAUAAAACUAUGAAGGCCACUUUAUAAAAAUUUUGUGUUCAAUGUAAUCUUACCAAUAUUGUUCAAUUUCAUGUUUAUAUGUGGCGAAGUUUUCAAGAUAUACAAUUUUCAAAAAUUGAUUCCUUGAUUUUUAGCCUUCAAAAUAAAUGGAUUAUUAUAUUCUCGAUCUCGGGAAUCAUACUUUGAGAAGUUAGAUAUAAAUAUUAUUCCCAAGGUUUAUAACAAAUUAGAAACAUGAAAACCAACCAAUAAUAUACACGUAUAUACUCAACAAUUCACAAAAGGUUAUUAUACUUAUCCUAUAAUAUAAUAAGUAUACAUAUAUCUACAUCGUUUAUUGAAUUUCUGUUGAAUUCCCCUGGAGCCAUAACAAAUGAAGGUCAAUGUUUGGAAGAAAAGAUUAUUAAUCGCCAAAUUAAUGUUGGCCAAUAUUUCAAAUAAGCCUACAAGUUAUAAUAUGAAAAAUUUCAUGAGAAACAUGACCUACAUACCUACAACCGAAAGAAUGCAGUCUCUUUCUUCUAUUCAAAAUAUCUCGAAUAAUUAUAAUUUGAAUCAAAAUCGAUUAAUUGUUUCAUAAUAGUAAACCUCACCUUUUUUAACGAUUUGAAUAUUUAACAAAUUUCAUAACGUUGUUUGUUUAUUGAAAACAACUGUUUGAGAAAUAGAAAAUGGUAAAUUUGUAAAUAUAUUGGAAUAGAUCUUUUUUAUUGAUUUUUUUGGCGCCAUUCCCAGAACAUUUUCGAAUAUUGAGCCGAGAACGGUCGCAAAUGAUAAAUUCUGUCUGUCUUGACAACAUAUAACCAACCAUAUAUAUUGCGUAAAAUAUUUUCUACCGCAUCCUAGCAAUUGUAGUUUCGAAGUUAUGAAUUUUCCAAAUUUUCAUUCUAAUUUCUGAACGAUUGUCCCAGGUUCGAAUCCCGCCGCUAGAUAUUCAUUGAAAAAUUGUUGUUAUAUUAUAUUCUUUUUUUCACGUUGAAAGGGAAAAAACAAAUCAAACUGUAGGUAAAAUUCGAGGUGGUUUUCAAUUUGUAGGCAAUUACUUCUAACGUAGGUAAUAAUAAUUUUUCAUUUAUGUAUAUAAAGAAUAAUAGCUAUAAUUAUCAGAUGAAGUACAUCCCCAAUUCAGCAGGUAAUCAUGUAAAGUGGUCAUUUGAGAGUUUCCUUCAACAAAAGGAAAUUUCCCCCUUAACACUCACUAAUUCUAAGAUUUGCACUUGAAGUUUCAACUUGACAUUGCAAAUGAAGUGAUGAUCACCGUUGUGCAAUGCACAAUCGUAGCGUAUAAACACAUUGUGUAAUACUAUUCUAAUUGGUCAUUCAUGGAGAUUUCAAAUGGUUAUCGAUAUUUUUUCAAACAAGGACAGGUGUAACAUUCAAAUAAAGACCGCUUAUAAAUAAUAGUGGUUUAACACAAUUCGGUUCAUACCUUAAGAAGAAACUAGUUACAACAUCUGACGGGUUGUAAUCCUUGAUGAAAAAAAGCUGCCCCAGUUACCAGCAUUCCUAAAAUGUGCCACUUCCAGAUUAAAAUCGAACUUGAAAUGGUCAACUAGUUUACCAUCACCACAAAACAUAGAUUAUCCUCCGUUGACAAUUCAUCGGCUUUAGUUUUGGGCAGGGUCUUCACAAGCGGUAUUUCUCGCACUCAUUCGAAAUGAUAAUGAUGAGGGAGUUCUUCCUAAUCAUAUCGAGCAUCAUCUCCUUAAUCCAUUGCCAAAACUACGGCAGGUUCUUCAACAGUUUCCAAAGGAUUCGGGAUCUCAGUGACAUUUCGGACAGUUACGAUUUUAUAGUGAUAGGUGCAGGUUCAGGUGGUAGUGUUGUGGCUAACAGACUAACAGAGAACCCAUCUUGGAACGUCCUACUCCUAGAAGCUGGUGGGGACGAAGCAUUCAUCACUGAUGUACCCUUAACAGCAUCCCUUCAGUCUUUAACAGGGUACAACUGGGGAUAUAAAGGACGCAAGAUAAAAUCAGCUUGCCUUGGAGCGGUCCAACAAAGAUGCAACCUACCUAGAGGCAAAACCCUUGGUGGAACAUCAGUCAUCAACUUCUUGAUCUACACCAGAGGAAAUAGGCACGAUUACGAUAGCUGGGAAAGACUUGGUAACCAAGGUUGGGGUUUCAAAGAUGUCCUACCCCACUUCAUCAAAUCUGAAAACUGCUCUUCCUGCAUGGAAGUGGAGGAGAAAUACCACGGUUAUGAUGGCUACCUCAGCGUAGAACAUCCAGGGUACGAGUCGCCUUUGGUUAAACCUUUCAUCAAGUCAGGAAUUGAAAUGGGAUAUAAAAACGUAGAUAUAAAUGGCCACAGUGGGUUAGGAUUCUCCAGGGUUCAAGCUACGAUGAAACAUGGAACUAGGUGUAGCGCUUCCAAGGCCUUCUUGAAACCAAUAAGCUACAGGACCAACCUACACAUCUCCAUCAACUCCCAAGUGACUAAAAUACUGAUAAAUCCUAACACUAAGACAGCUUAUGGUGUGGAAUUUGUGAAGAAUAACGUCGGUUAUAGAGUCAUGGCUAAAAAAGAGGUUAUCUUAUCAGCUGGUACCUUCAACAGCCCACAGCUGCUAAUGCUGUCUGGUAUAGGACCUAGACAACACCUUGAAAGUCUUGGUAUUCCUGUAGUGCAAGACUUGAAGGUAGGUUUCAACCUGCAAGACCACGCUGCUUUGUCAACCCUGGCCUUUUUGGUGAAUCAGAGCAUCACUGUAUCAGAUCUUGGUGUCCAGAAUCCUUUGCACAUCUUCGAUUAUCUUUGGAAUGGAAGAGGACCUUAUACGAUUCCAGGAGGUGCAGAAGCCUUGGGUUUCGUGAAAACCAAGCUGAACAAGAGGGUGGAGGACGAUCCUGAUAUUGAGCUUGUUUUGGGAAGUGGAGCUUUGAAUGGAGAUAUUUUCGGAGCAUUCAGAAGUUUGUUGGGAAUUCCGAAUGACGUUUUCCAUAAGGUUUACAGGCCUGUGGUUGGUAAGCCUGCUUUUGGAAUAGCUACAGUGUUGAUGAGGCCUAAGAGUAGGGGAAGGGUGUUUUUGAAAUCGAAGAACCCGAUGAGUUGGCCGGUAAUUUACCCUAAUUAUUUUCAAGAAGAAGAAGAUCUCUGGACUAUGGUUGAAGGAAUCAAAAUUGCCAUCAACCUGACCAAGUCUGAGCAUUUCCAGAAAUAUUCCGCAAGACUUCACAAAAUCCCAAUGCCAAAUUGUGAAAAAAACUCCUUUGGUUCUGAUGGGUACUGGGCUUGCGUUCUUAGAAACUAUGGUACCUCUUUGGGUCAUCAAGUUGGGACUUGCAAGAUGGGUCCAGCUACUGACAGUGACGCUGUUGUAGAUCCAGAACUGAAAGUACAUGGUGUUGGUGGCUUAAGAGUGGUCGAUGGAUCUAUAAUGCCCAAUGUAGUUGCGGGACACACCAACGCUGUUGUCUUUAUGAUUGGCGAAAAAGCAAGUGAUAUGAUAAAAAGACAAUGGGGAUUUUUUGAAGGUUGACGACGGCAACUCUUCAAGAAAUACUUGAAUCUGUGAUAGAAGAUGGUUACCAGAAUCUGUAGAUCAAUUGCUGGUAGUUCAAUUGACCUGUAGUUCAAGAGAUGAGAAAUUAUCGUAGAUCUACGGAUCAAUGUAACUACAGACUGGAAGUUCUACUGAACGCCUAAAAGGAAUCUUUAAAUAUAUUCACGAAUAUGAAUGCUUAAAUUUUCAAUGUGUCACUCGACUCCUAUUGCUAUUUUAUAUUUUUGAGGGCUUCUUUUAGAACUUCUUUCAGUUUCACAAAUGAGCACUGAUUUGAUGAAACAAUCCAAAAUUUUAUAAACGUUCUUGAAGCGUGUAGCUUUCCAUGAAUAAAUGUCAGGACCUACUGUGCACGAAUGACAUAAGAAAUGUCAAAAAAUAAUACACAGUGUUGCCAUUAUAAAUUAUAACAUUCCUAUUGAGAAACCUGUUUUUAUAAGUAGAUCAAUGAAGCUGGUUGGUCUGCUAAUUGAAAAGAUCUUUUGAACAAUGGCAUUGAAUCAUAGACAAAACGUAAAAUCCAACAAAUAUCAUAUUGAAUAUCGAAAUUGAAGAUACUUAGAUGUUACGAAGUUGUAGAUUUUCAAAAUCUACAGUUUCACUUAGGAAAAUAGUAAUAUGACAUGAAAUAUCUGUGAUAAUAACUAACUUAAAUUGAGUUGAUAAAAACAAAAUAUUUUUCGAUGUAAAGUAUUUACAGAACUUAAUAUUUGUAUUAUGUACUCAUGUUUUUCUAGUAAUAAACAAUAUUCUUAGAGGCCCUAUCGCUUGUAAUAUUUGAAUGUAACGAUUUUUUUAUGAUGUGUAAAUAUUCAUAUAGGCUAAUUAGUUCCCAACUAGAUAAUGAAAUCGAUUCAAUUAUAUAAAAUUAGAACUUAAUUAUUUAACGUGACUUUCCUUGUAUUGACUUUAUUUGUUUUUCCUGCCAUGAGUAAAUUCCUGGGAAAAUUUAUAUGGGUGCUGUGAAAUGUAGAAUUAAGUGAAUAAUACCGACUAAUAUUGAGUAUUAAAUUUCAUUUGCAUUUGCAGGAGGAUGUGUAACAGAUAUGCCAUUGCUGGUAUAUGAUAAAGUCACAGACAAUGUAUUUGUGUCUAAAUAUAAAAACAAAUGAUUUGGCAUUCCCAAAAGGUGCAAAAACUCCUUACGUUUCAGUUAUAAAGAAUAAGGCCAAUAUUUGUUUUUAAAGAGUUACAUUUUUCUGGGUAACAUAAGG